AUGGAGAGACCGGCCAGGGAGCGCCUGCUCACGGCUCGAAACGAGCGGAUGAUGCUCAGUUGCCUAGCUCAAUCCACACCAGCGAAGCCGGCCCAUCUGGCUUCGAUCACAACACCAUUCAGCGUCACAAUUAGCGGCCGUCUCGCGCCGCGAGAUCGCAAAGCACUCCGCUCGCAACGCUUUGUUUACCCGCGAACGCGUGUGGAUUCGCGCGCAGCGACGCUAAAGCGUCCGACCGCGUUGACGGUUGCACUAGCACUGAGCCGGCACAGCGGCCGGCGCCGGAAAGGGCGGGAAAUG